AAAAAAAAACAUGUCGUCUGCAGUGUGCAUUGUUGGCAUCGUUCACGAACAAGACGUUAGGCGUUAAGUGGUGACCAGCCUCCUUGAAUACAGUCGCCUGAGGCUCAUUUUAGUGAAAAUCACAAUGGGCAAGAAGUAAGUGCGUGUGGAGCGUCGUGUAGACAAGAAGGGCUAUGCCCUUUGGAAUGCCGACAUGUCUUGGUUGGGCGGCACACUGUCAUCACUCACCAACCAGAUAUCGAAUCUGACGAGCGAAGUUCUGCUCGAAGGACGUGAAGAACUGGACGACCAAGGAGCGCAACUGCAGCUGUUUAAAGCACGCCUCGAACAGCUUGAGGGCUGCAAUGCUACUCUUCGUAAGGAGCUCGAGCGUCUUCGGUCGGCCAACGCGGAACUGGAGGACCGCUGCCACGCCACCGAGCUGCAGCUGUGCGCCGAACGGCGCUCCAGGGAGGAACGCAACAACCACACGGUCAGCAAUGGAGAAGAAAGUGAGCUAUCUUCGCUCCUGGAGCAGCACAGCAAUCGCAUCCAGGAGCUCGAGCGGGCACUUUCCCAGGCGGCCAUUGAGCGGCAGGAAGAGGUGGCCGCCCUGCAGAGUCAUCAUGCUGGGCAGCUUGCACUGCUCCAGAGACGCUUGGCCGAAGAUGAUGCACCAUCAUCCCUGCAAAAGUCUGGCACUGAGCUGCAAGUGCCCAAACCGGAUGCCCCCAUGAGCAUGGACUCUCACGAGCUUGCAGACUCAAAAGAUGGCACCUGCCAGACAGAUGAUCACAUGCAACAUGAUCUGUGCGUCGAGCAGUUGCUUCAAGAAAAGCAACAGCUGGAAACGAGCCUCGUUGAGUUGGACCGUCAGAAUCAGGAGGCCCUUGCGCAGCUACUGGCUUUAAAAACAAAGCUUGAGGCAGAGAACCGCCAACAAGCCGAGGAGCUGAAGAAGUUCGAGAAGUAUUUAAAGCCAGUUUUUAGUCGAGCUGCGCAAACGGACUCCACGUCUUUCAGAACUGCAUCAGUUGAGACAGAAAGGGUCACUACAUCUGCGUCUUCAACUGGUGUUCAGACCCAAGUAGAUAUGGAAACGUCUCGAGAAGAACAGCACUCGGUAAGUUCCGAGGAGGAUGAUGAGAGAAAAUUCAAAGAAGCUAGGGAGAAGUGUGCUUGGCUGGAGCAAGAGCUCGCUAGUCACAGUGCUCGAGAGCAGCAGCUGGAAAAGAAAUUGGAGAAACUUACGGCCAAUGGCGUCUUUGGUGAGCGUCAGGAAGGAGACGGAGCCGCGGCGCAGGACACCUCUACUACGACGGCCAGCAUGGAGGAGCGACUGCGCAGCCUGCAGGCAGACAAGGACCGCAUUCUGUCGGUGAUGAACGAGAAGUCGCGCGAAAGCAGUUCGCUCAAGGCCGAGGUGCAUAGGCUGCUCGGUGUCAUUGCUCAGGAGCGGCAGGCGGCGGCCAAGCUACGUCGAGAGCAGCAGGUGAUUCAGGAAAGCGACGAUGUCGAGCUUACUCGGCAGGCCCUGCGCAACCUAUCGCAGCUCGUGCGAGACCGCGAGCUAGAAGUUGAGGCGGAGAAGCAGAAGAACGCCACGCUGCUCCAGCUUCUGCGUCAGUGCUCGCCGGUCGAGCAGGAGCAUCUGCAGGAGCUGCUUGAGGAACGCGAGUCUCUCGCUCAGCGAGCUGCCCUGGCCGAUGAAGAACAGGGCCAUCUCAAGGUGGCCCUGCAGCAGAAGGACAGGGAGCUGAGCGAUGCGCUAGCACAAGUGGACAAACUGACGCUCGAUCUGGGGCUUCUCCGCCUGGAAGUGGACUCCUCGACGCAGAAGCUGGAAGAGAAAAACAAUGCCCUCCUUGCUGCACGGGAGGAAGCGCUUGCUUUGCGACAGCGGAUAGUCGAGCUCCAGAGUGCUGUGCAGCGCUUCGAGCAUACACAACCAGAAUCUUCUGAAAGCUCAGUGCAACACUGGCAGACACAAGCAGAACAGUAUCAGAAGCAGGUUCAUGAGCUGCAACUGAAAGAGGCCAAACUGAGCAAGGAACUCGAGCGGCUGCGGACUCAUCUCAUUCAGAUGGAAGAAAGCUACACUCGAGAGGCACUUGAGGCCGAGGCCCGAGAAGAAAGUCUUCGAAGCCGUCUCAUAAAACUGGAAGAGUGGGCACGUGUGUCCGAGUCUGCAGCUCAAAAUGCCACGGAACAGGCAAGCCAGCAGGUGGACAACCUUGUUCAGCAGUUGGCCCAGGCACAAUCGCAGCAGGCGGCACUGGCUGAAGAACUGCGCCACAGCAAAGCAUCACUCGCCAACCUACAGUCGGUGCUGGACCACUUUCAGACAGAGAAGGACAGAGAGAUUCAGCUGCUCCGCUCCUCUUACGAGUCACAGCUAUGCUUGGAGAGGGAAAAGUCUCAGCAGCUCAUUUCACUGGUCACUCAGAAGCAGGAACAACUGGAGGGAAGCAGAGAUGCUCUCGAAGCUGCUGAGAGGCUUAGCCAGCAAAUGGAUCGUCGAGAGGAGGUCAUAGCGACGCUCAAGCAGCAAUUAUCUGAGCGAGAAGCCGAGCUGGAGAGGAUACACCAAGAGGUCCACCAUGUCCGCACCACGACCGAGGGAAAGGUUGACAAGCAAAUAAUGAAGAGCUUAGUGCUGGGCUAUUUUAGCAGUCCACAGGGUCAACGUCCAGAAGUGGUCAGACUGUUGGCCCGUGUCUUGGAUUUUAGUCGGGAUGAAAUGGACAAGGCUGGGAUCAGCCUGGGUUCUCAGGAGGGCAGAAUCCGCAUAGGCUGGAUAUCUGGUUUCUUCCGGAAGUCAGCUGACACCGUACCUAGGCCUCUUAACCGGGAGUCCUUCUCGGCACUGUUCGUCAAGUUCCUACAAGAAGAGUCGGAGCCUCAGAAAGAAGUGCGCCUUCCUGUUGAGGCCAUGGCCUUAGGGACGGUGUCUCGACUGCCAGCCAUCAAGGCUGCUGCUCCCACGACGACACCACCACCACAGCAGCACCUUUUGCUGCAACCCAUCUCAGAGUCACUGCCAACCCUAGCUCCAGUGACACCCAAUGAACCCAGAGACUCUACUGCAUUCCUCCAAGAAAUGCUCAGCUGAGCUCAGCUUUGCACAAUGACUCUUUCGUAGAAUACACAUUAUUUUUCACGUUGAAUCAGCCAGCCUCUUGACUACUCGUGCCUCACUGCCUGCCUUCUCUGGUUGGCCUCUGUGGAAAGAAACAUCUUUGGAGUGGCUAGCAUUCAAGAAUGAAUCGCUGUGGAUACAAGUUGUGCACUCGAUUUCAUAUUUGGUCCUCUAUAUUUGGGUGUCUGCUACUAUUGGAUAUUUUUGUCUCUUGCUAUAGUUAUGCUGGUUGUACAUUGCACUCUGAAGCAAUAAUAGAAGUAAAUACAUGUACUAUGUACACA